UAUUCUAUCGACUGCCAUGCCUGAGUCAGCACUGACCACCGGCCCCAACCUGCUUGUCAACCCACCAGUAGUUCCUUCGCAUCUGAAUAUUCAUCUCGUGUCCUCUUUCGCCCGCGCCACCAACUCCUCGUUCUCCUUCCAGUCCACCUUCGCGCUUUCCCAAAUCCACCGCUCACCGAUCCGUCCUCAGCGUCCGCUCUAACCUCAAAAAACACAGUGCGCGCUUCGUAAAUCGAUCCUUGCUCCCAUCGAUACAUCGAAUCCGUUCAAUCAUCCGUCCUCAGCGUCCGCUCUAACCUCAAAAAACACAGUGCGCGCUUCGAAAAUCGAUCUUUGCUCCCAUCGAUACAUCGAAUCCGUUCAAUCAUCCGUCCUCAGCGCUCGCUAUAACCUCAAAAAACACAGUGCGCGCUUCGAAAAUCGAUCGUACUCCCAUCGAUACAUCGAAUCCGUUCAAUCAUCCGUCGUCAUCGUCGGCGAUAACCUCAAAAACCCAUACCCACCGCGUCGUAAGCAAUUUCACAACCUCGCUCCGAGAAUCGAUCGUUGGUCCCAUCGAUACAUCGAAUCUAUUCUUUCGUACUCAGUGCGCGGUGAACACUCGCAUACCCCAACUUGGAGAAUCGAUACAUCGAAUCCCUGUAUUGUGCUCGCCGAACUCGAUUCAUCGGCCCCGUUGCGUCAUAUCGAUAUCGCGUGUGGUGCGUGUUACUUUUUCCAAUCGACAGCGCCAUGUGCGCGCGGUGCCGGUCCCGGUGAUGCGGGAUCCCUGUUCGAUCUCCGUUGUUGGUUUCGAGUCUUCUUCGUUUCGAGCAUGCGUGUCUGCGACCUCGAUAAUCGCUAUCGUUAGCCAUCGACUGUGAUUAGUGAUGCGGUUGGGAGGACCCCGCCAGUUAUGUUAAGCUCAGGGAUAUCGCCGAUCGCAGCAAUCCCUGGUGCACCGAGCGACCCCAAGUCGGUCAUCCUCCGGUUCCUCGUCUUGAUGGCCAUGCAUGUCGCCGUCGAAAGCUGCGCGGUGCGGACUCCGCGGAUGAGUCCCAAGGCCCGGCUCCGGCCGUUCCUCCUGUACGAGCACGUUCCCAGGAAACCGGAGACUUCUUUCGCGGCCAGCGGGCCCCCCUUGGGGCGGAUCCACCGAGAUGACCACAGGUUCAAGCACCUGGUGCCCAUCGAUAACCCGGAUAUCCAUUUUAAGGACCCCCGGGAGAGGGAGGGAUACUUCGUCACCAAGAGGCUAAAAGAAAAGUUGAACAUUUUAGCGAUUAGUGUUGCAAACCAAUGGGAAGGCGUUAGACUGACCGUGAAGAGAGGUUGGACCGAACGAAAUGACCUCGACCCGACGGAUCUCCAUUACGAGGGCAGAGCAGUAGACAUACGAACAAGUGUAUGGAAUAGCUCGCAUAUGGGUCUACUCGCCAGGCUAGCGGUCGAAGCCAAAUUCGACUGGGUCCAUUAUGAAAGGAAGGGCUACGUACACUGCUCUGUCAAAUCUGAAAACAAUACGAGCGGCGCUGGCUGUUUCACCGGCGACACAAUAGUGAGAACUCGAGACGGGCCGAAAGCUCUGUCCCAGGUUCAGAUAGGAGAGGAGCUCCUGGCGAUGAACCCAGAGACAGGAUCACUGGAGUACAGUCCGCUGAUGCUGUUCCUGGACCGGCAGCCGGAGAAGGAACACACUUACGUCCACAUCAAAACAUCCUCAGGGCAGAAACUUAAAUUAACCCCAUCGCACUUGAUAAUGAGGUGGGAGAAGACCCGUACGGAUCUGUCCAACUUCACCUCUCCGUUCGCGUACAAUGCGGUGCCGACUUUCGCCAAGAAUAUCGACGUCAACGAUAAGCUGAUCAUAACUAGGGAUAAUAAAAUACACUUGGACAGCGUCGACUCGGUAACUUAUAGUUCGGAGACCGGAAUGUACGCUCCGCUAACGGAAAUGGGAAACGUAGUAGUGAACGAUAUCGUGGCCUCUUGUUACGCGGUCAUCGACGAUCAGAACUUGGCCCAUUUAGCUUUCCUACCUUACAGAUUCGUGUACAAUAUCAACCGUAGUUUCAACCGGUUUUACGAAACCGUUUCCGGAUUAGUCGCGUCGAGCCCGCAAUCGACUGUGUCGCGAACGCACUCGACGCCCAGCCAAGAGGGUAUUCACUGGUAUGCCAAAUUCCUUUAUUCUAUAGCUUAUUACGUCGUUCCACCGUCUAUGAUGUAUGAGCACUGAUGUCUUCCAAACUGGGGGCUGAUUGUUGAAAUUGGUAAACAAAGCUAUGGACGAAGAUGACUUACAGUCAUCCUUAUGAUGGAGAGACUCUAUUGGUGGAAGAGGGUGGUUGCAAUGAACAAUGGAGGUAGGUAAUAGAUUAACUAACGGCAACCCACGAGAGUCCCUUUAGUUAGUCUAUAAUUGUUUCCCUUAGUCUAUAAGAACAACCAAUUUCAACCUAUAGGAUCGCUCCAUACUCCUUAUGUCUUCUUUGUCGAUCGCUUUCUCUAUGAAUUUCAACAAUCAGACCGCAGGGGAAGGAGAGGAUGACGAGUUAAAGUUCGGGUGUCCUUAAAAAGUAACGCAAAGACUGCCUCCAAGCGAGGUUAAAAUUUUUUGUUGAAAAUUUAUGACGAUUUUGGAUAUCUCAUGAAUAGACAGAGUUACUCUUCAACAGUUCUCCCCUCCUUCCCCCAUGAUUUUAUUUUUUUCAAAAAUUUUUUCGAUAUAUUUUUUUCUUUCUUAGUUUUAGUUCUUGACUGAAAACCAAAAAUUUUUAAUCUGUUAAUUUAAUUCUGCCUCGGAAAAGAUGAAGAAGGGCUUAUCCUUUGAUUUCUAACCUGAGGACUUAGUUGCAUUCAAGAAUGCCUUAAAUCCUACUAGCAAGACGCACAAAUUCCUACACUUACGUAAUACUUAUCUAAAGCAAUACUUUCUUUCCGAACUGGAAAAAAUUCGUUGAUGUGUAAAAAAAACCAAAUUAAGUGUAACAAAACUCAAAAAAAUUAACCCAGAAAACUGUUGUAAUUCUGAUUCCGUAUCAUUAUGAAUGAUUUUAGGAGCUGUACAGAACAUUGUGUUAUUAUUUUGAAAUUGUAAAUUAAUGAUUUUAAAUUACUAUCAAUAAAUACUAUUAGUUUUAAAUGCUAAAUAUACCCAUAAGUUCGUUCACUUGUCACUGGUAUGCUCCCUGUUUUUUUCUUUUUGAUAAAGACGGGAGAGAGAGUAUCGGAUAUUACAGAACUUACAUAUGCAGCAAAUUUCUUCAUUAGAAUCCCAAGAAGGACCAAAGGAUUAUUUUUAUGCUAAAAUUUACAUGUUUAGCGACAGCUUUUUGACGCCAGACAAAAUUCCAUGAGUUGAAGUAAAGACUGAAAACAAAAAUAAUCAGUUUUAAUGAGAAAGUAUUAAGGCAUGGCCGCCUAAUGAGUAAAAUCUGUAAGUAUUUAAUACACUUCCUGCUUUAUUUUAUUUAUUUUCCUCUCUUUUUUUCCUUAGUACUUAGGAGGUAUUUGUAAAUUGAAAUAAUUACCUUGCGCCCAUGAAAUUGUCAAGCCAGUCGGUAGAAUUCAAAGAACGAAAAUUCAGAAACGUGCCUUCGUUUUAAUCAGUUCCUUAAAGUUCAGAGAAAAGUUGUAUGAAUUUGAUAAAUGAAUAGGGUGAUUGUUUAACUCCUCAGUAAAUAGCUAAAUCUUUGUAUCGCCCUUCGAAAUACUCACAUUACUUCUCGAAAACUAAUUCGAGAUCAGCGACCAAAAAAAAAAUUAUAAAAAAAAUAAUGAUGUGAAAGUAGCUAUCAUUCUUACGGCACAAUUUAAUGGAGAUCUAAACCCAGAUUUUACUUUCCUUCUUCUUUAUAUGGAAAAAUACUGAUGUUUCAACCAAAUCAUGAUUGCAAGUUAAACUGCCUUUGAAUAUUGUGGAUAUGUGCCAGUUCCGAUUUAAGUUCCUCGACAUAUUGUCACCUUUUGGCCUAAGUAUUACAAGCGUCAUUUGGACGUAUUUCUAUCAAACAGAACUAUUUGCAUUAAGACAUGAACCCUGAGACCCAUAAGAAUAUAUACAUAACAGGGCUCAUGUCAUAUUGCACAUAGUUCCGUUUGACAGAAAUACGUCCAUUUGUGCUUUGGCACUAUGUGUGGUGUGUCCAAACUUCUCAAACUUGUCUAUUUUUUACUGGAAAAUCAAUGAACAGUAAGUAAUUCGAAAAUUUUACCUCAUAUUUCUUCGGUCAUCAAAAGUAAUACCUGAAAUUUGCAUGAAUCUACAUGCAAAAGUUUUUUUUUUUUUUUUUUUUUUUUUUAGAAAAAAUUAAAAUAAUAUUGAAAUUUCCAGCAGCACAGCCUUCAAGAGUUGGUGGUACUUUGGCCUGAGGGAGACGAUAUAAGCUAAUUUAUUCAGCUGAAUGAUUUUUUAAUUUAUUUGUAUUAAUUUUAUGAAUUAAAAAUUAAAUGUGAGAUACUUGUAUGAUAGAAGAAGAGGUCAACAUUGUAAAUAAUGUAAAAAUGCUCUGAGCACCUCUUGGUAGAGGUAUAAAAACCUCUCCUCAUUGUUAUAUUUUAUUGAUUAUACAUAUAUAUAUAUAUAUAUAUUUUGGACUACAUUUUAAAAUUUUUAAAUUCUUCUGUAAAGAGAGGCCAACAUCAUUUUAAAUAAAAAUGAUUUAUUUGUCCUCAAAUCUUAUUUUAAUUCUCAACAAACUUAUUAACCAAGGUAAAAACUCUUUGAAUAGAGUUUGAGGUCAACUUCCUAAGUAGCUCAGAUUUGGUAAAAUGAUUGACACUGCAUUGGAGUGUUGUGCACGUUACCUGUCUACUAACCGAGAGGACACCUAUUAUUAAAAUUUAUUGCAAUGAAGUUUGCAAUUUGCCUACCUUUCUGACACGUCAAACCUCAUUAAUUGCUUGUUUAAAAGCAGUAUUUAUUGACCAAAAAGUGUAAAAAUAUUGGAAUUUUAUGGUAAAACAUUAUAGUUCAAUUGCAAAAUGAUACUGGAAAAUUCGUUGCACUGUGCUACUUGGGUAAGUCUGCCUUUUGCAGCAUGGAAUUCCGUGACACCUCAAAAAUUAAACUGACCUGCACAGCGAUUCCCAGAGGUUGAAGUAUAUGAAUCCAGUUUACUAGUAGAGAGAGUAUUUGUGUUCUAAUUAAAGCAAGUAAUUAAAAAUCCUUGAGUCCUAGUUCAACAGCAAACAUGGUUUUCGGAAAAAAUUGCUACCGAAAAUUCUCUGAGUGCAUUAUUAUACAUGCAACAUUGCAGCAUGGUUAAGUCUAUUGAGCAUACAUAGUUUUCAAAGCCCAAAAUGUGUAAUUUAAAGAGAAUUGCUUCAAAUAUUUCUGAAUAGAGUGAUUGUGAUCAAAUUUUAAAAAUAAUAUUAUUUUGUGUGAUACAUUUCCGACCAGGUACUACAUUCAACUUCAACACAUCUAAAUCAUUCUAUUCUGUUCAACUUAAAUGGAAAGUUUAGCACUUUAAUUGUAUUUUUUUUUUAAAUUUUGGAUUUUAUGACUUUUUAGCAAUAUCUAUAUUAAAACAGGUGUCUGUCGAUAAUUUAAGAUGACUACCAAUUUUUACUCCAUCACACUGAGCUGGUCAUGAGCCAAUAUUACUGUCUUGAAAAUUUUCUUUCAUAAAUUAGGGUACAUAGUCAUUGUUUGGACCUAAUAAAAUAAAUCAUUACUGUUCAAAGUUGCACCAGCUUUUGAGGCUUACAAUAAAUACAUUUGACCCUUAGAGGUAUGCAAAAUCUGAAAAAUGUUUAAGAAUGCAAUCAUUAAAAGAAUUAAUUAGCUGAAAAUACAACCUUCCCUCAUUCACUGUGUUAUUCUGUAUGCUGAGGAGAUACAAUUACUAUUUUGAGGUUGAACCUUUUGUCUGUAACUGUUCACUAAUAACUUGAUAAGUAGGUCAAUUCUUAAGUAAGAACGCUCUGAAACUCAAGGUUGCCAUAAUCAAGAUUUAUUUUUUUGAGUCAAUGAAAAUAAGACGAAUUUUCUCUUGCAAAGUGACAACCCUGGUGAACUGCCAAGAUUUCAACCCCUAACUGUACUAAUUUCGUUUUUUAUCUAUCCUUUUCAUGCUGGAAUUUCCUUUUAAAUUAUGAGUAUAUAGAAAUGUCAGACCUAAGCGAGGGGAAAAUGCCUGCACAAAUGAAAUUAUAGAUAAUUUAACCUUUUUAUGUGCGCUUUUGGUGCACCUCAAAGAUAAAGCCAAGUUCUGCAUGCACAAACAAAAGCGAGUUGAAGUCAGUACCUCCGGAUAUCAUUUUUGAGAAUGAAAUCAAUCAAGUUUUUUUUUAUUAUUAAGUUUAAUUAUUUUUCUCUCUUUUUGUAUGAUUGUUCAAAUCCUGGAAAAAUUAAAAAAUUUAAACACAUUAUUGACUUAAUUAUUAGUUUUAACUAAGAGCUGAACCAUUCUUGAACUUGCUUUGAAAAUUGAUACAAAAACUUAGCCUAUCGUUAAUUCUUUGCUCACCAGUUACUACCGGCAAAAGUAAUUGCCUUAACUCAUGUGUUUGUGUGUCACGGCUUAGAUAAUUGUGAUGUCUUUGUGCUCACAUAAAUUGGAAAUAUUUUCUCUUGUUUUCGAGAAAUUUUCUUUUUUUUUACUUAUUUAAAUAUGAUAAACAUUGGAAAAAGAGAAAAAAACCGAAAAGAGGAACACCCAAUUGUGUGCUAAGAUCUGGCAUUUCUUCAGUCAGCGCAUUUUGUAGAAUCAAACUUCAUAAUUCGACUCUCACAUUCCAAAUUUGAAUUGCUGCAUUAUUAUCUCUUUGAAUUUUCAAAUUUUAUCUACCUUGUUUGCAUGAAAUCCUUAUUUUAAAUCAAAUGUUGUACUAGUGUCAUUUAUGAAUAAGUAACUACGGUGAUGUAAUAGAACUUGUUUAAAUAGAAAAUUGAAACAAA